AUUUAUUUUUAAAUGCAAAUCACAUUAGCACAUAUAAAUAGAAUGCACGAUUGCCAUCGAAAUCGUAGUCAAUCAAUAUCAUUGGAAAAUGUAUAAGCUUACAAUAGUUGCUUUGUUGCUGGUGUCUUUCAUCGCUACAUUUGCUGCAUCCAGCAAAAUUGUACCUCCUGGUGGUCCUUGCGAUAUUGCCUGCCUGGCAGUUUUCGAUCCGGUCUGUGGUUACAAUGGGAAAAUAUACAAAAGCUUCGGUAAUGACUGCGAAAUGAAUAGGGAAAACUGUGACAAACCAAUAAAAUUUGUCGCGGUCGACUUGAGUUUAUGUAAUUAAACAAAUUAUUUUUUUGGUUUAGAGAAUAAAAAAUAUUGCAAAUGUAAAA